ACAAAUUGUCGUUGAUCAAUAAAGGUUGAUGAUGAUGAUGUUUUUUCUGUUUGUUCAGUGAUGUGUAUAUGUGUGUGAACCUUUUCAGAAAACUUUAACCAUUGUUAUUGUUGUCCAUAAAAAUUUCCGGAUUGUCCAUCAUCGUUGUUGUCGUCAUUCUAAAAAAUACCAGAAUUUUUUGUUUUGUUUUUUUUCUUGUUAAAAAUGUUCGGUGUUGUGAUUGUAUGCAUGAUUACUAAACAAUAAAAAAAAUCAUCUAAAAAUGGAUCAGGAACCAUUAAUAUCAUCAGUAGUAUUAAUAUCUUCUUCACUUAUGACGAAUAAGUUAAUUAUGAAAAAAAUCUUCAUUCUGGUCGCAACUAUAUCAUUGAUUUUAUCAACAUUUUCAUCGAUAUUGAUCAAAGCUGAAACAGUUCAUGGUACAACAAUAUUGAAUUGGCCUUAUGUUAGUCAACGAUCAAAUGGUCAAUUUGAAGGCUUUUGUAUUGAUCUACUCAAUGAAUUGGCACCAUUAAUGGGUAUCGCAUAUACAUUAUCAACUGUUUCGGACGGUCAAUAUGGUGGCUGGAUCGCACCAAAUGGUACGGUUAAUGGAAUGAUUGGUGAAGUGAUGCGAAGCGAAGCCGAUUUUGCUAUCGGUGAUAUAACCGUAUUAACAAAUCGUGCCCGAUUUGUUGAUUUUACAUUACCAUUCAUGGAAUAUGGUCUAGCGGCAUUGAUUCGUCGUGAUAUUCUUGAACGUUAUGGCAAUCAUAUACGUACGUUUAAAGAUCUUUCUGAACAAACGACAAUUCGUUAUGGUGUUAAAAAACAUGGGGCUAAUCUACCAUUAUUUCAUGAUAGUCCAACUGUUGCCAAAAUGUAUAGCUAUAUGGAUACACAUCCAUCGGUUUUUGUCGAUGGUGAACGUGAAGGAUUACAACGUGUUAAACACGAACGUUAUGCAUUCAUAUCGGAAUCACCAUUUGUUGAAUAUAUUGUACAACGUGAUUGUGAUCUCGUUGCUAUCGAUGAUCGUCGACGUAAUUUUCAAUUUGAAUAUGCUAUUGUUGUGGCAAAAAAUUCACCGUUAAAAAAUCGUUUCAAUCGUGCUAUUCGCCAAUUACGUAAUGAUGGAAAAUUACGUGAACUUAAAGAACGAUAUUGGCUAUAUCCAGGACGUAAUUGUCCAAAUGAUAUUGAUUAUAAUCCAAAUAUGGAUAAAUCAAAGCCAGAAAUACGAUUUACUGAUCAUACAAAUCAGAUGAAACCAAAUAAUAAUAAUGAUGAUAAUUCUUCCGGUCGAUUAAGACAUCAUCAAUAUGGUGGUGGUGGCCACCGUAUACAACCACAUGAUCGUGUGGAUGAAGAUGAUGUUGAAUUGAUAAAACCACGACCCGAUCGAACACGAACACGUCGUCCAAUAAAGAAUAUACAUUCCCGAAAUUUUGCACACACAAACUUUAUAUUUACGACAAAUAUUUCGAAAAUUUUUUUAUCAAUAAUUAUGACUAGAAUUCUUAUCGUUAAUUUUUAUUAAUUGACACACGAAAAAUGAUUUUGUAAAAUAUUUUGAAUUUUUU